AUGAUUCAAAAUAAUUUUAUAAAUAUAUGUGGAAAAAUUAUACAAGACCAGUUAGUUAACAAAAUUAAAUGUUUUUCUGUAUUAGUCGACGAGACAACUGACGUAUCGCGUGUUGAUCAACUGUCAUUGUGUGUACAUUAUUUAGACAAUAAUUUAAAUAUUGAAAAAAAUGAAAUCAACAAUUAUGUAUUGAAAGAAGACUUCUUACAAUUUGUACCGGUAAAUUCUACCACUGGUCAAAAUUUGGCCACAGUAAUUCUAGCUACUUUAAAAAAUCUUGGUAUAAAAUGUGACUAUUUACUUGGCCAAGGCUAUGAUGGCGCCGCAGCCAUGAGUGGUAAUUUUAAAGGAGUACAGUCUGUUAUAAGAGAAGUACAUCCCGCUGCACUUUAUGUCCACUGUAGUGCACAUUCGUUAAAUUUAGCACUUGCUCAUUCGUCAAACAUUCACCAUAUUCGAAAUUGUAUUGGAACAAUAAAAUCUGUAGGAAAUUUUAUUAAAAUAUCGGCUAAACGAACUGAACUAUUAAAAAAUAAAAUAAAAGAAUUCCUUCCUGAAACCAAAUGGACAAAAUUAACUUCCAUGUGUGAGACUAGGUGGGUUGAAAAUCAUGAUGGUAUGCUUAGAUUUUCAGAAAUAUAUAAACCUAUUGUUGCAACAUUAGAAGAACUACAAUUAUUUGUUGACAUUGAAACAUCAUCUAAAGCUUUACAGUUAUAUAAGUGUGUAACAACUAGUGAAUUUAUAAUAAGUAUGAUAACUGCGACCACACUUUUUUCUAUAACUUUGCCAUUAUGUAAAAUAUUGCAGUCGGUGAAAUGUGAUUUAAGUGAAGCAGUAGAUCAUGUUGAAACAGUUUUAAGUGAAGUGAAAGAUAUGCGAACAAAUAUUAAUGAAAAUUUCAAAGAAGUAUUCAAUAAAUCCGAAAAAUUGUUCAUAUCCGUAAACGAGGAAGAAAAAAUAAAAAUACCAAGAUUAGUAAGUCGUUCAACAAAUAGAAUAAAUGUGGAUACCAACAUUCCUGAAGAUUAUUUUCGUAUUGCAAUUGCGAUUCCAUUCUAUGAUGAUUUUAUUAGUCAACUUAAAGAACGGUUUUCCAAACACAAGACGAUUUUAUCGUCUUUGUAUUUAUUAAUACCAAAAAUGUGUUUGAAAUCUCCAAUUUUAGAAUCAGAUUUUAGUAUAUAUUCAGAUUUUAUAAAUGUUGACACAUUACCUUCAGAACUGAAAUUGUGGAAAAGAAAAUGGAUUGCUUUCAAAGAUGUAGAUCGUCCACAUACAGCUGUAGAAGCAUUAAAUUAUUGUAAUCCUGAACUUUUUCCAAAUAUCCAUUUUUUAUUAAAAGUACUAGCUACACUACCGGCUUCUACAGCAACUCCCGAACGAACUUUUUCGACAUUAAAAUGCGUCAAGACAUUUUUACAGAACUCUACGGGACAAGAAAGACUAACUGGACUAGCUCUAUUAAGUGUCCAUAGAUAUGUUACGGUUAAUCCCGAUGAAGUGUUAAACCAGUUUGCUCUUCAAAAAGAUAGGAACAUAUUAUUAGUUUAA